AUGCCAGUAGCAGCGGAGUCCAGCCGGGGAACCCCAAUUCCUGUCCUUCUGCGCAAAUCUUGGCCAUGCAAGUAUCUCACUGCGUACAGGGUGACGUCGGAAAAGUCUAAGUCUCCCCGAACUCGUCUGCCUCUGGAGCAGGAGCUCUUGUGGCUGAGGAUCGAGGGUCAGAACGGCCUGACGAGAGUUUAUGAAGACAGCUUGCCGUUGUCGUUUCCUCGAGUCUUAAUGAGCCCCGCCCCUCGAUUCACCGUUUGCUCGGAGGAAAGUGAUGAGGGAUGGAGUUUUUACAGCCCUCGCGCUCGCUCGCUCGCUCGACGAAGAAUCCUGAAAUUGCGGACUUACACCUCCCUUCCUUCCGUCUGGCCGACGAUGAAUCAAUCACGCAGCUCUUAUGCGACGAAUCGUCGGCAUCUUCUCUCCGUCCAGCGACGAGGGAGAGGGGGGCUGCCUCUCCCGCGAGAGCACUGGCGGGGUCUGUCGAGGAGUACAUUCUGCGUACGGUCGCGGGAGGGGGGCGAGCGAGUGAGUUUGAUGGACAUUCUGCUGGAGGACGGUGGUAGGCUAGAUCGGCUACGUGAGCCCUUGAUCGAGUCGACGGGUCAGCGCGUCAGGGUUUCGCAGCUUCAUGUGAAUGUGGUGGCAGGGGAAACAGGGGUUGCGACAGUUCUUGGUUCUCUGGUGGCCCGCAGAGCCACCUGAGCAUGAUGAGCGGCAACUUGUUCAAGCUGUCAGUAAUUUUAGAGGACAUGAUGCAUCCAUUGUACCGACCGACAGUAAACCGGAGACAUUUCUUUCUUGGGUCGAUCUUGCAGCGAUGAUUGGCGUGACCUUUGCUCUCGUCAACUACCUCCAGAUUUGGACGUUGAAAGGAGAAACGGACAACGGCCCCGGCCGAAGACGCCUUCCGUGCACUGGCUCUCGAGCGAACCAACGUUGUCACUCGGAACCAUUCCUCUACGGACAUCUCACCGCGAGCGCCAUGGCCGGCCUCUACUAACAAUUCGGGACCUGCUUUCGACUCCGGUCCGUCAUUUUCUCAAAAUGUAUCCCUGAAAUAUAGAGUAUUGGGGAAAGUGCGAUUUCAGGUCUUCUGGCCAUCAUAUUCCCGAAUCGCUCCUUUCCUUCGGGUACGGUC